AUGAUGGAGAAAGAGAAAACAAAGGAAGAAUUGUCAAGCCGGUUGGAGGAAAAAUAUAAAUGGCUCGAGGAGAAAUUCAGGGCCAUGGAAAGUAGUGAGAAUUAUCAAGGGAUCGACGCUAAAGAUUUGAGCUUAGUCCCGGAUUUGGUACUUCCCCACAAAUUUAAAAUGCCAGAAUUUGAGAAAUACAACGGGACUAGUUGCCCAGAAGCUCAUAUUACCAUGUUCUGCAGACGUAUGACUGGGUACAUUAACAAUGACCAACUGCUUAUACAUUGCUUCCAAGAUAGCCUCGUGGGGGCAGCAUCUAGGUGGUACAACCAGUUAAGUCGUACCAAAAUUGGCUCAUGGAGGGACUUAGCACAGGCAUUUAAAAAACAAUAUAGUCAUGUAGCUGAUAUGGUCCCCGAUAGAAUUACCCUCCAAAAUAUAGAGAAAAAGCCUAAUGAAAGUUUUAGGCAAUACGCGUAAAGAUGGAGGGAGGUUGCCGUUCAAGUCCAACCCCCACUCUUGGAGAGAGAGAUGUCAAUGCUCUUCAUCAACAUAUUGAAGGCACCAUUUAUCACACACAUGUUAGGAAGUGCCACGAAGAACUUCUCCGAUAUAGUUAUGAAUGGAGAGAUGAUUGAAAAUGCCAUCAGGAGUGGGAAGAUCGAGUCUGGAGAAAGUAACCAUAGAUAUGCUCCGAAAAAAAAGGAGAAUGAGGUAAACAACGUGAGCACCUAUAACAAGGGUUACUCGAAAUCAAUCACUGUGAAUCAACCAAGGAAGGUGGCUACUAAUCAGCAAAGUUCAUCAAGAAAAAGGCAAAACAUCGAGAAGCCCCAGUUUACGCCAAUUCCAAUGUCGUACAGGGAGUUAUAUCAAAAUCUGUUUGAUGCGCAUGUUGUCUCUCCUUGUUAUUUGAAACCUCUGCAACCUCCAUACCCCAAUUGGUAUGACACGAACGCGCAAUGUGACUAUCAUGCGGGAAUCAUAGGGCAUUCGAUAGAGAAUUGCACAGCCUUCAAAAGGCUGGUGGAAAAGCUGAUCGGUAUGGGUGUUGUCAAGUUCGAUGAUUCACCCAGUGGGGAAAAUCCAUUGCCUAACCAUGCUGACAAGGGGGUGAACAUGAUAAGCGGAAAUACAGGGAGGAAAAUCAAAACAGAUAUUGUAGAAGUAAAAACCCCACUGAAAUGGGUUUUGAAACAAAUGAUAGAUAUGGGAUUAAUCAUUCAGAAUCUAGAGAAGAGACCAAGAGGGAUGAAGAGCUACUGUGAGUUCCAUGCCGAGAAGGGUCAUAAUAUCCAGGAAUCCUUUCCUUAUAAGGAUAGCAAAAAGGUUCCUUGGAAUUAUGACUGCAACGUGAUAAUCCCGGGAGAGGAAAGCCCGGUAAACGCUUCAGAAGAGGGUAGUGAUGUAGGCUUCCAUACUCGUAGUGGAAAACGCUAUGACCCAGCAAAUACAAAAGGGGAGCAUAUGAAAGGAAAAGCCUUAGCGGUUGAACAAAAUAAAACAAAGAUGGCCAGAAUUGAAUUGCAAGUUAACAAACCGGUGACUGAAAAUGAGGCUAGAGAAUUCUUAAAAUUCUUGAAGCACAGUGAAUACAGCGUGGUGGAGCAACUGCAUAAGCAACCGGCACGUAUCUCAGUGCUCGAGCUACUUUUAUGUUCGGAGACACAUCGUAAUGCGUUGAUAAAAGUGCUAAAUGAGACGUAUGUUGCUAACGAUAUCUCUGUGAGCAAGCUGGAUCGCCUGGUUAAUAACAUAAAUACCGACAACUUCAUCUUCUUCAACGAUGAUAAGAUUCCGCCAGGUGGUAUGGGAUCUACCAAGGCCUUACACAUCACUGCCCGUUGUAAGGGGUGUAUACUACCGGGGGUACUCGUUGACAAUGGAUCGACAUUGAAUGUUUUACCCCUAUCUACAUUAAACAGGCUACCUGUGGAUAUUUCUCACAUGAAGUCAUGCCAAAAUAUAGUGAGAGCAUUUGACGGCACUGAGAGAAAAGUGAUGGGAAGAAUCGAGAUACCUCUAUUGAUUGGUCCAAGUACAUACGAGGUGGACUUUUUGGUAAUGGAUAUCAAACCAUCUUACAAUUGCCUAUUAGGGAGGCAUUGGAUCCAUUCUGCGGGGGCUGUACCAUCGUCACUUCACCAAAAGUUGAAAUUGGUGGUAGAGGGACGAUUAGUGACUAUAGGUGCAGAAGAAGACAUCAUUGCAUCAGUCACCGAUGACAUGCCAUACAUAGAGGCUGAUAGUGAAGCGAUAGAAUGUUCAUUCCGAUCAUUGGAAUUCGUAAAUGCCACAUUUGUCAUCGAGAGGAGCAAAAUCCCAGAGCCUAAGAUAUCCAAAGCUACGUCAAUGUGCUUACAGCUAACGAUGGGAAAGGAAGCGUUGCCUGGAAGAGGACUUGGAAAAUACCUCCAGGGACAGGUCGGAGUACCGAUCCUGGUUAACAAACAGGACCGUUAUGGUUUGAGAUAUAAGUCUAAUGCAAGGGAAAUGAGGAAGGAGAUGGAGAAAAGGCAAGAAAAGAGAAGAGCACGUUUGAGCGGGAUAGAAGCCAAGUGGGGUUCGAUAACCUUUCCCCAUAUAUCUAAGACAUUUGUUUCAGGGGGAUUUGUCUACCCUGAAGAGAAUGACGAGGUUACAGAAGGAAGAAUUAGAAGGUUGGACAUCAAUGCCGUAUCCGCGGAAGAAAAGGUGGAAAGGAAUUUAUCGGGUAUUCGCCCUUACGAACCUGGUAGCGUUCUGAAUAACUGGACUGCAGAAGAGAUCCCUGUAACAUUUAGAACUAAUUCAGAGAAAUGUUCAGAACACUUGUCUUCAGAUGUCAACGAGAUGAGUGACGCUGUUACUGACUCAGAAUCCCUUUUUGAACAAGACGUGAGUAUGGAGGAUCUUCAAGACUUUGAAGAUGACCAAGACAGCGUUUUAUCUCCAGAUCUGUUAAGAAUGGUGGAGGAAGAAGAAAAACAAAUCCUAUCUCACAAAGAGUCGGUGGAGGUUAUGAGAAUAGGAGAAGGAAAAGAGGUAAAAAUUGGCGCUUGUAUUGCCACGCAAAUAAAACAGGACCUCAUUGAGUUGCUCAGAGAAUUCAAAGAUGUUUUCGCAUGGUCCUACCAGGAUAUGCCGGGGUUAAAUACUGAUAUUGUGGUGCACCGACUGCCCAUAAGAGAGGAGUGUAGACCAGUCCAACAGAAGCUCCGUAGGAUGAGGCCUGAUGUUUUGUUAAAGAUAAGAGAGGAGGUUUGGAAGCAGUUCGAUGCAGGAUUCUUGCAAGUAGUCAAAUACUCAGAAUGGGUAGCUAAUAUAGUCCCAGUUCCUAAGAAAGAUGGGAAAGUUCGAAUGUGUGUGGACUACAGAGAUUUGAACAGAGCCAGCCCAAAGGAUAAUUUUCCAUUGCCACAUAUCGACACUUUAGUGGAUAACACGGCAAGUUACUCACUUUUCUCCUUUAUGGAUGGUUUCUCCGGAUACAAUCAGAUAAAAAUGCAUCCUGAAGACGUGGACAAGACCACGUUCGUAACAAUGUGGGGCACAUUUUGCUACAGGGUGAUGCCAUUUGGAUUGAAGAAUGCGGGGGCAACAUACCAAAGAGCCAUGGUGACCUUAUUUCAUGAUAUGAUGCAUAAAGAGAUAGAAGUCUAUGUAGACGACAUGAUUGCGAAGUCUAGAACAGAGGAGGAGCAUGUACAAGUUUUGAGAAAAUUGUUUAUGCGGUUAAGAAAGUUCCAACUAAAGCUUAACCCGGCCAAAUGCACUUUCGGAGCUAGAUCUGGGAAGCUUCUAGGGUUCGUGGUCAGUGAAAGAGGGAUCGAAAUUGAUCCGGACAAAGUAAAGGUCAUACAAGAAUUGCCUCCGCCGUGCACUCAGAAAGAAGUUCGAGGUUUCUUGGGAAGACUGAACUAUAUCGCCAGGUUCAUUUCGCAGUUAACAGAGAAAUGCGACCCAAUUUUUCGUCUCCUUAAGAAGCACAAUCCGGGCGUAUGGAAUGAGGAGUGCCAAAGAGCUUUUGACAAGAUUAAGAAUUACUUGUCUAAUGCUCCGGUACUAAUGCCACCAUGCCCAGACAAGCCAUUAAUAUUGUAUUUGGCAGUAUUUGGAAAUUCUAUGGGGUGUGUGUUGGGCCAACAUGAUGAAUCAGGAAGGAAAGAAAAAGCGAUAUACUAUCUCAGCAAGAAGUUCAAUGAAUGCGAGACAAGAUUUUCGCUAAUCGAGAAGCUGUGUUGCGCUUUAGUUUGGGCGACGAGGAGACUGAGACAGUACAUGUUAUAUCAUACCACUUGGCUAAUCUCAAAAUUCGACCCAUUAAAAUACAUGAUGGAGUCAACUGCUCUGAAUGGAAGAAUGGCCCGAUGGCAAAUUCUGCUCUCUGAAUUCGACAUACUCUAUGUGAAUCAAAAGGCUAUAAAAGGGAGUGCAAUAGCAGAUUUUCUAGCUAGUAGAGCUCUGGAAGAUUAUGAGCCUUUAAACUUUAACUUUCCGAAUGAGGACAUAGUAUAUGUAGCAAUCACCAAAGAAAAUACCCGAGAGGGAAAUGUUUGGAAAUUGAACUUCGAUGGAGCUUCAAAUGCUAUAGGCAAUGGUGUUGGGGCAGUUUUGGUAUCCCCGAGCGGAGAUCAUUAUCCAUUCACUUGUAAAUUGGAUUUUGAUUGUACAAACAAUAUGGCUGAAUACGAAGCAUGUAUCAUGGGGAUUCGCGCAGCCAUAGAGCGGAAAAUCAAAGUGCUAGAAGUAUAUGAAGACUCGGCACUAGUAAUCUAUCAGCUCAAAGGAGAAUGGGAGACAAGAGAUCCCAAAUUGGUCAACUACCGAAAAUUGGUUAUGGAACUAAUUGAGGAUUUUGAUGAUAUCACUUUCUGCUACCUUCCACGAGAGGAAAAUCAGAUGGCUGAUGCAUUGGCUACAUUAGCUUCUAUGAUCAAAGUAAAUAGACAGGAGGAUGUGAAGCCAAUCCAAAUGAGCAUUUAUAAAGCUCAGGCCCACUGUUGCAACAUCGAUCAAGAGGAAGGAAAAGACGAUCACCCUUGGUAUCAAGAUAUAUUGCGAUACGUAAAGAAUCGUGAAUACCCAGACCAGGCGACGGAGAAUGAUAAAAGAACAUUAAGAAGGCUGGCUAGUGAUUACGUCUUAGACGGAGAAAUCCUGUAUAAAAGGGGCAGGGAUCAGGUGCUACUAAAAUGCGUAGACUCUACUGAGGCCAAACAAAUCCUGGAAGAGGUCCAUGAUGGCGUCUGUGGAACACAUGCCAAUGGUUUCACAAUGGCCAGGCAAAUCAUGAGAUUCGGAUAUUAUUGGUCCACUAUGGAAGGGGACUAUAUCAAAUAUGCCAAGAAAUGCCACAAAUGUCAAAUAUAUGGGGACAAAAUUCAUGUACCUCCCUCACCUCUGCAUGUCAUGACUUCCCUAUGGCCUUUUUCCAUGUGGGGCAUGGACGUCAUUGGACCAAUAUCGCCAAAAGCUUCAAAUGGCCAUCGGUUCAUCUUCGUAGUGAUCGAUUACUUUACUAAAUGGGUAGAAGCCUCUUCAUACGCUAACGUCACGAAGGCAGCGGUUAGUAGGUUCUUAAAGAAAGAGAUCAUAUGUCGUUAUGGAAUGCCAAAAAGGAUAAUAUCUGACAACGCGCUAAAUUUGAACAACAGUACGAUAGCGGAGGUUUGUGGCCAAUUCAGUAUUAAACACCACAACUCGUCGCCAUACCGCCCAAAAAUGAAUGGCGCGGUGGAGGCAGCCAAUAAAAACAUAAAGAAGAUUGUGGGGAAAAUGACCGAGACUUAUAGAGAUUGGCAUGAGAAGCUUCCAUUUGCUCUUUUUGCUUAUAGAACAUCUGUCAGAACCUCCACCGGGGCAACGCCUUUCUCAUUGGUUUAUGGAAUGGAGGCAGUUUUACCCAUUGAAGUAGAAAUUCCUUCUCUUCGAGUCCUGUCAGAAUUAAAGUUGGACGAAGCAUAAUGGAUCCGAUCUCGAUACGAUCAGCUGAAUCUUGUCGAAGAGAAAAGGCUAAGAGCUAUCCGCCAUGGUCAAAUGUACCAAAGACGAAUGAUGCGAGCUUACAAUAAGAAGGUUCGCCCUAGGGAAUUUCAGGAAGGGGAUUUGGUACUGAAGAAGAUCCUUCCCAUACAAAAAGACUUUAGAGGAAAGUGGAUGCCAAAUUGGGAAGGACCAUAUGUGGUGAAGAAGGCCUUCUCUGGAGGAGCACUGAUAUUAACCGAAAUGGAUGGAAAAACUUUGCCUAACCCAGUGAAUUCAGAUUCGGUGAAGAAGUACUUCGCCUGA